AAGGCCUCAUGACCUUGAUAUGUCUUAUUCCGAGAUACUCAGUGGGCCAUUAGGCGAGGAGCUAAGAGUGGAUUCGGGCAGUGAGGAAGAGGAGGAACCUAUGUCGCUGGAGGAGCUUCGAGCUAUCCUGGAAGAGACAGCCGAAGAUGUUGAGGAAGAUCCCGAAGAACACGAGAGGCUGUCUGAAUCUUUCAAUUGGUCAAGCGAUUAUAGUACAUUUAGAGGUCAACCGGAAGUUUAUUCCCAGGCAGGCGAGCGAGGUCCCAAUAUUAAGGAAACAGAUCCUCUGAAGCUAUUCACUCAUGUUUGGGAUCACGAUAUAAUGAACAGUAUUGUGGCACAGACCAACGAGUAUGCCUGGCAAACGAUAGCGCAAGCAUCCGAGUUACCGGACGGUAUCUCGGCGCAUUCUCGAUUAAAUGAUUGGGUAGAAACCACUACUGAUGAGCUGUACAAGCUCUUUGCGGUGAUGAUUUUUAUGUCGCUGAUGGUCGCAGGACGUGUGAGUGAAUACUGGAGCACGGGUACCCUGGCCAUGCCAGGUUUUCGUAAACUUAUGAGUAUAAAACGGUACUGGCUACUCAUGCGUUUCCUGCACUUUGUCGAUAACAAUACUAUCAGUGUUCAUGGUUCCGAUCGUAAAGUUGCUAAGAUACAACCCAUCAUUGACCAUUGUAAUAAAAAGUUUAAUAGCAUGUACACGCCUCGCAGAGAAAUAAGCAUUGACGAAUCGUUGCUGCUUUUUAAAGGACGCUUGAGUUGGAUUCAGUGUAUCCGUACAAAAGCAGCACGGUUGGUAUCAAAUUUUAUGAACUUUGCGAGGCGGUUACAGGCUAUUUGCUCAAAUUUGAGGUUUACACGGGAAAAAAAUAUCCACAGACAGGGGACUCUGCGGAGGACUCCUUGUAUGGCUUUACGAGCGCAAGUGCGAAAGUGGUGCUAAGGCUCAUGCAAAGAUUCCUCAACAAAGGUCACUGUCUUGUAAUGGAUAACUUUUAUAAUUCAGUACUUUGACACGAUUUUUAAAGUUGAAUAAGACCGAUGUCAUCGGAACUCUGAACAGGCGAAGAAUGGGGACACCGAGGGACAUACAAAUUCUCAACGAAAGGAAACUUCAAAAAGCAGCAGUGGUAAGUAGACACUGUGGUGACGUAUCUGUCUUAUCCUGGAAAGACGUUAAAUUAGUAACCACAGUGUCGACUUACCACAAUGCGGACAUGUUGCCUGGAAGAAGAGCAGGACAACAAAUAUUGAAGCCUGUGGUUGUGCACGACUACAAUAAGUACAUGGGCGGUGUAGAUUUAAAAGAUCAAAUGCUGUCCAUGUACUUAAUGGAACGCAAAAGGGGGAUGAAAUGGUACUUGAAAGUGUUCAAACGGCUAAUAAAUGUUAGCAUUUUGAACAUUUUUAUCAUACAUCGCGAGAACAGCACAAAUCCCCUCAGCCACAGGCAAUUCAGAUAUAAAUUGGCGGAGCAACUGGCUCAGAAAUACCCAAAUUUGACCUUAUCUCGGCUAAUAAAUCCUCCUGCUCUUCUCCGCUUAGAUGGUGAUAAUCACUUUCCAAUCUAUGCAGAUUCUUUAGAAGAUCGAGCGGGGAGCAAAAGAAACAAAAUUAAAAGAAACCGCUGCGUUCGUUGCUCCUUAAAAAAAAUACGGAAAGAAGUUAACACCGUUUGCCAGAAGUGUCAGAAGUUCCUUUGUCUCGGUCAAUGUUGGAUUGAAUACCACACUCUCGAAAAUUUAUAAAAUUUUGUCGCUAAUGUAGGUAUAACUAACAUCGUGCCACAAAAAAACCCGACUAC